AUGCCGUUCUCAUUCCUUCGAAGAAAGAAGAAACGGGUUAGCAUACCUUAUGAAACUGAUGUUGGACGUAGAGUAAGUAGUCUGGGUGUGUGCAACCACGGUGAAAUAAGGUUUUUGUGCACAGGAGUUGCGGGGGUCGGGAAGUCGGAGAUAUGCCGAAAAUAUGUUGGAAGUCAGUCGGAAGAACUGGAACAUUUAGAACAAGUAUUUGGCACGAGUGUUUUCGUCACCGUCGAUGGAAUUUUACGACAAUAUGAUUUAGAAAUAUUUGACGUUAAUUUAAACGACAUCGAAUCAAACAUUGCGCACUAUAAAAAACGAAUAACAACAUGCGAUGGGUUCGCGUUGGUUUACUCAAAAGAAAACAAAGCCAGUUAUAUGAAACUUGUGAAUCUGUUGUCCGACAUUCAACAUUUCACCAAUGGCAACAUGCCGAUUAUCGUCAUCGGAACGUCAUCUGAAGAUGAAGACAGACGAUUUCAUAAAAGCAAAGGCGAUACUUUAAAACUGAAACAAAACCACUUUGAGAUCAUUGGACAGAAUAAUGAAAAGAUCCACAAUGCAUUUCAAUGUUUACUUGAUCAAUGUGUUGCCAGGAAGGACAGCCGAUCUAAAUAA